AUGGGGGUUGAGACAUAUGAUGUGGAUAAGAAGCAAAAUUUUCUCAUGCGGGUUGCUUUGCUAUGGACCAUUAGUGACUUUCCUGCUUAUGCCAUGCUUUCUGGUUGGAGCACUGCAGGAAGGCUUGCAUGCCCAUAUUGUAUGGAUAACACUGAUGCAUUUACUUUGCCAAGAGGUGGCAAACAAUGUUGGUUUGACAAUCAUUGUAAAUUUUUGAACCAUAACCAUCCAUGGCGGAAGAAUAAAUCAUGGUUUAGAAAAAACAAAGUUGUUACUGAACAUGCACCUCUAGUAAGGACUGGAGAGGAAAUUUUGCAUGAGAUAGAAAGUCUGGGAUUAAUGAGAGUGACAGAUCCAGGUUCAAAUGUUGUUAAUGCUGUUAUUAGUAAGACAUGUGGAUGGAGGAAACGCAGCAUAUUCUGGGAUUUACCUUAUUGGAGUUCCUUGCUUAUUAGACACAACCUUGAUGUAAUGCAUAUUGAAAAGAAUUUUUUUGAUAACUUGUUCAAUACCAUUAUGAAUAUAGAGGGUAAAACAAAAGAUAAUGCAAAAGCAAGAGAAGAUAUGAGGGAAAUAUGUCGGCGGCCUGAGUUGGAGGUUAAUGCAGAAACUGGCAGGUAUCCAAAAGCAAUAUAUGCAUUGGACAAACUGGCAAAACAAGUUAUUUGUGAAUGGAUGAAGGGACUCAGAUUUCCUGAUGGUUAUGUGUCUAACAUGGCUCGAUGUGUCGACAUGAACAAGUACAGAUUAUUUGGAAUGAAAAGUCAUGAUUGUCAUAUUUUCAUGCAAAAGUUGUUGCCUAUUGCUUUUCGUGAAUUAUUAUCAAUGAGAAUGUGGGAAGCAAUUACCGAGCUAAGUAUUUUCUUUAAGCAACUAACGAGUACGAUCUUACGGGAGGAAGAUAUGCAAAGGCUUGAAGAGGACAUUCCGGUUAUACUAUGCAAAUUGGAGCGAAUAUUUCCUCCGGGUUUCUUCGACUCGAUGGAACAUCUUCCGGUUCAUCUUGCAUAUGAAGCUCGCAUUGGGGGUCCAGUGCAAUAUCGUUGGAUGUAUCCUUAUGAGCGGUACAAUGGAAUUUUAAAGAAGAAUAUUAAAAAUAAAGCCAAAGUUGAAGGAUCAAUUGCUAAUGCAUACUUGGUAGAGGAGGCAUCUUCUUUUUGUGCUUACUAUUUUGAGUCACAUGUUUCUACAAGACAUCGACGGGUUCCACGUAAUGAUGAUGGUGGUGUAGUGGAAGAUCAGGAGAUUGAAGGAAAUUUAUCAAUAUUCAAAUAUCCGGGUAGACCCAUAGGUCAAUCAAAGAAAAGGAUAUUGACAAAGGAUGAAAGAAAUGCAGCUCAUUUAUAUAUCCUACUAAAUUGUGAAGAAGUUUCACCAUUUAUCAAGUAA